AUGGUUUCCAAGAAAAGUAAAAGCAAGUCAACAGAUCUCAAUCCAGGAGAUGGCUACUAUGAGAUGAAUAUCAGAGUGGGAACUGAAGAACAGAUAAAAUAAAAUAUCCCUUUUGCCCAAUUGAUUAAUGAUCCUAUUGUGAUUAAACAAAUGCAAGAAAUGGCACUUAGCUCUAUAAAUGAUAACUAUACGAGAUUAGUAUUUAACUUUAUAAAAAAUGGAGGGUAAUUAACUGAUAAAGAUAGUUGCUAAUUCAAGGCAUUUGAUUUGGAGAAAUUAUGGAAUCAGAGUGAGCAGAGAGGACUUCCCAAAUUCGACAGCCCAGUGAUACCUAACUUCGACAAUAUCAAACAAUACACGAGACUAACUAUAAUUUGUGAUGAUCCAAAAGUCGUGCAUCAGAUUAUUGUAAUAUUUAUUCCGAAAAUAUUAAUCUAGAAUUUAUCAUCAGGCGAAAAGAAGCAGUACGGUAUAAUAAACAGCUAUGAUUUGCUUGCAGUAAGGACUAGUGAAUCAGAGUAAUUAUUUGAGCAGAUCUGUACCAAAUCCGAUGUGGAUAUAAUCAGCAUUGAUCUGACUAAGAGACUCAGCUUUUUCAUUUCAAAGGUGCUAGUAAAAUAGGCUUUGCAGAGAGGCAUUUAAUUUGAAAUAUGCUAUGGUGCGGGGUGUUUUGAAGGAUCUUAAACUAACAGAAAGCAAUUUUUGCAGAAUGUAAUGCAGCUAGUUAAAGUCUCAAAGGGCAAAGGCAUUAUUCUGAGUUGCGAGGCGAAUAAUAGCAUUUAUCAAAGGACUCCAAUUGAUUGCAUCUAGAUGUAAGAAAUUAAUAUGAAUGAAUUUAUUAGGGCAUUGAUGUUUGGAAUGGGCUAGAGAGAAGCAUUGAUGACUAUGCAGUAAAACGCUUAAAUGGUGCUUAAGCACUCACAUAUGAGGAAAACUUAUAAAGGAGUAGCUGAGUUAGUUCUUAAAGAAAAUUAGAAUGAAGAAGAGGAAGAGAAGAUGUAGAUGUGA